CUGGGGAGCUAUUUCUGUGUUGCACAACAGUUAUAUGUGUUUCCUUCAACAUGUUUGGUGUUUCUGUUCAGCGGUGAAUGACAGUGAAGUCCUUCUUUAAGGUCUCCCCCCGCUGACCCCUCUCCAGGUGUGGACUGACUGCAGGUCCAGCCAUGCUGCUCCCCCUCCUGCUGCGUCAGUCCCUCCGCUGCCCUCAGGUGUUGUUGACACGAUGCGCCCGGUGCCACACUCAGAGGACGCUGCACUCUCAGGCCGAGCACUUCCUGCGCCGGAGGCUUCCUCUGCGCUCCCACGCUCAGAGCCGAGGCGUGAAGAGCCGUAGCAGGAAGUCCAAGAGCCAGGAGGAGGAUUGGAAAGCCAGGAACAAGACGGUGUUGACGUACAUCGCUGCUGCGGGCGUGGGAAUGAUCGGCCUAUCGUACGCCGCCGUGCCGCUCUACAGGCUCUACUGUCAGGCGUCGGGGCUCGGCGGCACGGCGGUGGCCGGCCAUGACACGGAUCAGGUGGAGACGAUGAAGCCGGUGAAAGAACGCAUCAUCAAAGUCUCGUUCAACGCAGAUCGACACGCCAGCAUGCAGUGGAACUUCAAACCGCAGCAGACGGAGAUCUUUGUGGUUCCAGGUGAGACGGCGCUGGCUUUCUACAAAGCAAAGAACCCCACAGACAAGCCCAUCAUCGGCAUCUCCACCUACAACGUGGUCCCCUUCGACGCCGGGCAGUACUUCAACAAGAUCCAGUGUUUCUGCUUCGAGGAGCAGCGACUGAACCCUCACGAGGAGGUCGACAUGCCCGUCUUCUUCUACAUCGACCCCGAGUUCGACGAGGACCCCCGCAUGGCCCGCGUGGACACCAUCAUCCUGUCCUACACCUUCUUCGAGGCCAAAGAGGGGCAGAAACUUCCUCUGCCCGGAUACAGCUACAACUGACCUGACAGGAGCGCCAUCAUCCUGAUCCUGAUCCUGAUCCUGAUCCUCAGCUCAGUCUGAGUCAAAACUGAAAG